UUAAUCUACAAUCUCCCAAUCUGCAGGCUCUCUAAAUACACAUUUUACUCUAUAGCCUAUAGUUAGUACGUUUUUGCAUGCAAGCGUUAUACUUUCUAGGCCGACACUACCGUCGGAUGAAUAUGCAAAGUCACGAUUUCCACGAGAGGAGGAUUUCGGCGAUCUCCUCCUAUUGGUUGAGGACUUGGCGAUUUAGUGUUUAACCCCGUGUGCUGCAAACAAUCUUCUCCAUCUCUACAAAUGGCAAACACUGCUAAGCCCGUUCUUCAUGGAUACUUCAGAAGCUCUUGCUCUUGGCGAGUUCGCAUCGCUUUCGCUCUGAAAGGAAUGGAUUAUGACCAGGUUAAUGUAAACCUCGUAAAAGAUGGUGGCCAACAGGUAACAGAUCAAUACAAAAGAUUAAACCCCAUGCAACAAGUGCCUGCUGUGACCAUUGAUGACAUGACAUUGUCUCAGUCGUUGGCGAUCAUCCAGUAUAUUGAGGAAACACGCCCUGGACCUCGUCUUCUGCCCUCGGACCCCAAACAGCGUGCCCAGGUGCGCAUGAUCUGUGACAUCAUUGCUUCUGGAAUUCAGCCAUUGCAGGUAACAUCAGCCUUGAUUGAGAUUGCUUCUGGUUAUUUUUGCUAAUCAUAGUAAUUAUAC